GAAACCACGUCAGUAGAGAAAGAGAGCCAUCCAGACUCGGACGAAGAGACUUUCCUUUCAAGUCUUUUUUUUCAUGUCCAGCGUCACCUGGUCACAGCGAACGAAACACUAGUCUUGUCCGCCGUCUUGUUUCUCCUCUUCAGUCCACCCGUAACACCUUUAGUUCGCCGCGUCGUCCACCCGAAUAGCUCGAGGACGUUUGUAUCAAGGCAGCAGCUAGUGUCAGGUGCUGUUCGGAGGUUCUUUGAGGCGCUCCCCUUAUUUGCGCUCAGACAUUUGCCAGAGCAAUAAAGCCAAGAUACGUCGUCGUUGCUUGGAAAUGGGCAGUAUGCUCAAUGACGGAGAAACCACUCAGCAUUCCGCUAUAGUGCCCGCUUGACCUGACACCGGCGCAGUAGAAACGAAACACACAUUUUUCAAAACUAGCGACGGUGCACAAGCGGCAACUACGACAGCAGCGCAAGGACCAGCAACGGUGACAGACGCACUUGGUGUUCGGUAUGGCAGCAAAGCACCGCACCACACCGACGUUCGGUCUAUCCAGCGCGCACAACAGCAUGUCGGUGGGAAGCAAGGCACAUUUCAGCGCUUGGACACCAGUGAACCAUAUGCCCAGUAAUGAACAGCUUUAUCAAGAACGCCGAGCCUUAAUCGGUCACUGGUAUGACAUGUGGACACACGGACAGCGCCAGGAGUUUCUCAAGUUCGUCCUGGGUCGCAGCACUGCACGACAGCAACGCUAUGCGUUUGACCUGCUGGACGUCGCUGUGCCGCCGGAACGCCAGGAUUUCGUCAGCGUGCUGCCUCGCAACUUGACUCUCUACAUCUUCUCGUUCCUGGACGCCAGGAGUCUAUGUCGUGCCGCUGUCGUCAACUGGCACUGGCAUUUUCUGGCUGAACAGGAUUCGCUGUGGCAGCCAAAGUGUACACGCUAUGGCUGGUUUCUGCCGUACACGCCAGGAGACAAGGAGUAUGGUGCUUGGAAACGUCAUUACGUUGCCUGCCUAAACACACUGGACAGAAGUGCACCGAACAAACAGAUAGCCCUGCUGUAUUCAACUCUAGGUGGACUGCCGGCAGCCAGCACUGCUGAGCAUGCAACGAAAACACCGGGAAAGAAAAAGCAACAUAAGGAAAGGUCAUCCUCCAGUCCAUCAAAGUCUCUUGGGCCAACAGCGCUGGCAACCUAUCGCAAUCGCCCGUGGCUCGACCCUGAUCCCAAACCUCAUGAUCUGGAGAAGGGCUGGAAGGCAAUGCAGUUGUCUGGUGCCAUACCACCAGGUCAAAGCCGGGGUAUGCAUCACAGCACCUUCUCGGCCGUCUCCAAGACCUACUCCCUGGCCAGUGCUGCUACCCUUGCUGGAACGGCUGCACUGGAUGGUGUCCAGGGUGCACAAGAUGAUGAAGACAUGAUGUUAUCAAGUUCGUCUGGAGCUGGGGGUGAGGCAUCCCGCAGCACUCUCGUUACCCUCACCGAUGUCCUGAGACAGCAAGCUAGUGGGGCGUACGAUUCCGUGGCACUUGCCAAAACAUGGCCCGUCUACACUGGACCUCGGGAGAGCUCUGGUUUUGAUGGCACAGCAUCCGGCUCUAUGUCCUUCUACAGUCAUUACAAGCAUGACAUGAGAGCCCUGGUGCAGAGAUAUCCAUCUCACUCUCAUCCAUCCAUCAUUCUCAUAUCGUCACAAAUCCCUGCAACCGAGUUGCUGCUGGAGGGAUUGAUAUUUGGAGUUCUGCCUCUCAUCUACGACUACGACAGUAGUACUAUUGAGUCACUGGUGGAACGCCUGGACUGGUUGCUGGCUGGACGACAAGCUCGCGGUAUUGGACUGUUUCUAGAAGCAUCUGAAGGAGAACUGCAGAUUGUGUCUGGGGAGACUGCCACCUCAACCAAUCUCUCCAGCGAGACGAAUCAGCGCUUCCUGUGGGAGUCACUUUGCAGCCGAUGUAUUCCCAGCCAUGACGGUGGACGUCUUGACAUCUUUGCUGCGCUGGCCUCCAAUGCCCAGGGUAUGGAGCUGCUGAAUGCACUGCAACGCUUCACUGGUUACCAAAUCAGCGCAACCCGCUCUAUCACAAACAAGCGAGAGUUUGUUGACAGCGACUGGGUGAUAGUUCAAGACAAGUCUCCACAGUCAGACCUGUCACCACCCGCACUGUACUUCAACAUGAAGACUCUGGCAACAUGGACAAACACUUGUCUCUAUCUAGAGAAUGCCUCCAGCACAACUACAUCUCUCCUCAAGUCCUAUCUUAGCCUGCAGCGUAAAGAUCUCGUUCACAAGACCGUGGGAAAAGUACUCAUUGAGGCACUCAGUCUCCACCAAGUGGCCGCCAUUUCACGGAAACUCUCGCGAACACUUACCAAGGCCGUAACGGCCGUGGCCAGGGAAGAUCUGAAAUCUACGAGUGAUAUCGUGCAGCGCUUUGCUUCGUACUUUGCCAGUCUCCAGCACCAGUCCUCCAGCCCCACUCUUCUGUUCUCUGAGAGCAAUCGGCGUCCAGAGUCCCUCACAAAUACACCGGUGAUAGGUCGCAGGUCUUCAAUGUCCUUCUCUACACCAACAGCCACAGCCAGCGGCGCCGUCGCGGGUAAAGGCAAGGGAACGUCUCACCACACCGCCGCCGACGCGCAUGAUUCUGACACACAGAGCCAAGCAAGUGUCAGUCGACAGAGCAGCGAGGCCGAGAGCGAGAUGGAUCAAGCUCCGGUCCCUCCAGCUAAUCCGGAAUCGCCCUUUAUCUCGCCCCAGUCUAAGUUUCCUGGCAACGACUCCACAUUCCGUCUCUCCCUUUCCUCCCAACCCGUUCCUGGCCUCGCCGCAUCCACGGGAGGCCGGCGUACCUCGACUGGCCCGAGAAUUGUCAGUUUCGACGAUGCAGGCAGCCACGAGUGGAUGGAGCAGCGCCAUAAUGUUGCCAUCGAGAUUGGCCGGACGGAGAAGGUCUAUCGCCGCUGUUUGCUGGCCAUUCAUGAGAACUUUCACGUCCCUCUAAAGAAUGCAGUAAUCACUGGCAAAGCCAUCAUCAGUGUGACAAACAUCGAACUAAUCUUCACCGACACGGGAGUGCUUCUUCAAAUUUCCAAGCAAACUGAUGGAAAUCUACAGUCCAAGCUGAAUGACUGGAGUGCUUAUCAAUGUCUGGGAGAUGUAUUCUCUUGUUUCACGUCGUCUCUACAAUCCUACGUGAACUUUGCCAACAACUACCCGACAACUCUAGCCACGAUCAUGAGGUGUCGUGAUGAAAGCCCUGCAUUCCAAGCGUUUCUCAAGCAGCAGACUGGACAGCCGCAGACCGCCAUGCUCAAUCUCUUCGAGCUCCUUCUGCUGCCGGGCCAGCGCAUUGUUAGUUACCUACACCUUCUGAACACAUUCAAGGUGCUAACACCGCCGGAUCAUCCAGAUCAUCAAUUGCUAGACGUUUCCAUAACUAGACUGGAGCGAAUGAAGACAAUCAUGUUCGAGGCAAAGGAAAGGUCCAUGCGUGAGAGGAGGCUGCACAGUUUGCAGAAUACCAUCAUUGGUUCUCCGAUACUAGAAGAAGGUCAUCGCUACCUGCUCUAUGAGGAGACAUUCCAACACUUGGUGCACUGCAACUAUGGCAAAUCUCACAGAGGACAGAGCAACGAUGGACCAAUCUACCAGCAUAUCGGCGACAUUGGUGCAUUUCUCCUCACUGAUUCUCUUCUGCUGACGAACAUCGAGACGCGUCAUUUCCCAUUUGAGAGAGCUACAUCAACCGCACACCACUACAGUGCAUGCUUUGCCCUGGACAGCCUUCAGCUGGUGGACAUGAUGGAUUCUAAACAUGUGCGCCACUGCUUCACACUGGCUACUGGUGAUGGCAAGCAUCGAUGGGUGUGCAGGGCAGCGUCUCGUGACAUAAAAAUCGCCUUCAUAGCGGCCGUACAGAAAGCGACGGAAUCCCUGCAGCCACUUCAGUACUGAACAUCGACUAAUGGAUUCUUGGAUUCUUGAUCUGCUUUGACUCGCAAACAACAUGAAUGGACUCGAACUGCUCGUCGUGUCACCUUUUCAGCGACCCACGCUCCUACAGGUGGUCUUGAAAUCACACCAAAUCAUUACAAUUUGUAUACAAUUUGUAGCAACUACUGUCUGCUGUAUUUCGAGCCUUUUCCCGAGAUCAGAUUCAAAACCUGUCUGGAAAUUCUAUGCAUACCCCAAAUCAUUCCAAGUUUAUGCUGUAAUUUGAGCUGCAUUAUGAUUCGACGAUUCAAAACAAGUCUGGAUAACUUUAUGUUCAGUACUAAUAAUGUAUUUUUCACCUUCAAAAAAAUCACUUUUGACUGCCAGUCUGGAUUUCCACUUGGAUCAGCUUCAGCUAUAAUUUUUUAAAUCUAUAUUUCGAAGGGUUUUCAUGCUCUUAUCAUGACUUGAUUGACCAGAUUUUCACAAAUCCUCUCCAAAGAUUCAAAAUUAUUCAUUAUUAUAAUAAUCAGCAGAUGGAAACCUGUAUAGGUGUAUGGCAAAU